CUGGCAGAAAGAUGGUACCAGGUUGGUUGAAUUUGGUACGCAGGAUAACAGAAUCGGACGGACACAUCUAAACUAAAAUUAAUUAUGCUGCAUUACUCCGAUUUCACUAAUUGAAUACGCUGCUUGGCACUCAUUUUAUAAAUUAGUUACGCGGCUUUUCUCCCAUUUUAGUAAUUAAUUACAUGAUAUUGGCCUUAGCCAUAAGGCUUGAGAAGUAUUUGUUAGUAAUUAUUUACGCCGCUUUACACUCAUUUGACAACGAUUUACUUUAUAUAAAAUGUAAUCGACGAUCGUAUGUUUUCCAAAAUAACAGAUCGACAUUUCAGUUUGCAAGUUAACUAAAAACUCAUUCCCUAAUUUAUUUAUUUCGAUGUUAUCCCCGACCUACAGAACGAUUACCUGUGUGUGUGUCCGUGUAUGUGUGUGUGAAAUAUGUUAGUAGUGCGUCACGCAUGAAUUUGUAGGAAUUAACAAAACUGCGUGGAAGCCGCAAAAAUAAAUUGGGUAUCCUGCGAAAGCGGAACGAAUACGAACAUGUUUUGAAAGUCAGUUAUUAAAGAAUCUGUCUUAUAAUCCAGAAUGUUGCAACGGGAAGUUAAAGUGGAAGCGAUAUCAGGUGAAGAAGCGGGAGACUAGCGUGACCUCAAUUUUGAACGGUCAGCCGACGAGAAAAGUGGAAACAUCGACUGUAACAACUGAGUGUAUAAUAAUAAUCAUAUUUUAAUAUUACCCGGUUAUUUAUCGUCACUGGUUACAUCUGAAAACGAUUAUCUGCUGUCGUUGGCAUGAAAGCAUUGUGUACAUUGGAUUAUAUCACCAAUAGUUAUCAACUCACAACAACAAAAGAGAAGAUAAAAUUCUGUCAAUAUAAACCUGUGACAGGAUUACUGUAAAAUAAUUCGGAACUAAGACAAAUGGCAACAAUUGUUUUAAUUACUGCCUGAAAUAUCUGCAAGAUGAUUUUGCUAAUUAAAUAUGAAUUACCAAUACUGCAGCAUUUAUAACAGCUCUACUGAAAGAUCACAGUUGGUGGAAGUAUAGCUGUAGAAAUAAAAAUAUUUAUAAGGAAUCCUCUCAAAGGAAACAAAAGAGAAUAUUGUCAUAGAAGAAGAAUUAUGGCAAAUGUAUUUUGUGAGGAGAAGGAUACAUUUAAAAUGCUAUCUGAAAGUUCUGAUUCUCUGGACAGUAAAAAAAAGGAAACCAAAAAAAUAACAUACCAGUGUCAAAUCUGUAACAAGAUAUUUUCUAAAAAAUAUAGACUCAGUUUGCACACCCGUACUCAUACAGGGGAAAAGCCAUACAGCUGUGAUAUGUGUGGUAAAUCUUUCUCUGUAAAAGGGAACCUCACGAUACACAAACGUUUUCAUACGGGCGAGAAACCACAUGACUGUGUUAUCUGUGGUAAAUCAUUCUCCCAUGUUAGUCACUUGAGUCGACACAAACGUAUUCACACAGGUGAGAAACCAUAUCACUGUGGUAUCUGUGGCGAAUCAUUCUCACAGAAAUACCAGUUGAAUGUGCACAUGCAUAAUCAUACUGGAGAGAAACCAUAUCACUGUGAUAUCUGCGGAAAAUCAUUCUCCCAAAAACAAACUUUAACUGCGCACAAACGUGUUCAUACGGGAGAGAAACCAUACGAUUGUGAUAUCUGUGGUAAAUCAUUCUCUGUGAAGUUUAAUCUCACUGUACACAGACGUUUUCAUACAGGAGAAAAACCAUAUGACUGUGAGAUCUGUGGUAAAACAUUUUCUCAUAUUAGUCACUUAAGUAAACACAAAAGUGUUCAUACAGGUGAGAGACAAUAUCACUGUGAAAUCUGUGGUAAUUCAUUCUCUCGUAGGCAGCGGUUAAUUGAACACAGACAUAUUCAUACUGGAGAGAAACCAUAUCACUGUGAUGUCUGUGGUAAAUCUUUCUCUCAGAAUGGUAACUUAGCUACUCAUAAGCGUAUUCAUACUGGUGUGAAUCCAUAUCACUGUGAUAUCUGUGGUAAAUCGUUGUCGACAAGAACAUAUGUGACUGUGCACAAACGCAUUCAUACAGGUGAGAAGCCAUUCCAGUGUGAUACCUGUGGCAAAUCGUUCACUCAAAAUGGCGAGUUAGUCUCUCACAAACGUAUUCAUACAGGUGAGAGGCCAUAUCACUGCGAGAUCUGUGAUAAAUCAUUCUCUCAAAGGCAUCACUUAACUAAACACAAACGUAUUCAUACAGGAGAGAAACCAUAUCACUGUGAAAUCUGUGGUAAAUCAUUCUCUGGAGCAAGUAACUUAACUAAACACAAACUUACUCAUACAGGAGAGAAACCAUAUCAUUGUGAUAUUUGUGGUAAAUCAUGCUCUGAGGAAAAUAACUUAGCUGAUCACAAAUGCAUUCACACAUUAGAGAAACCAUAUUGAUUUCUGUGGUAAAUCAUUCUCACAGAAAGACCACUUAACUACACUUGUUGGGAUUCAUACAGAAAAGUAGGUAUAUCAGGUUGUGUUAAGUGAAGUCCUUCCUAUUUGUCAGUCAAAUAGUUUUGUUUUUCUUAUUGGCAAUGGAUAAUAGUUUUAUAAAUAUUGCUAUGCCACAUGCAGCCCUCUGGUACCACCACGGGUUCCAACACAAACAGCCAGCAGUUUGCUAGCCCAUAGAUAUAUACAUGACGGGCUUCUUUUAGUUUUCAUCUACCAAAUCCACUCACAAGGCUAUAGUAAAAGACACUUGCCUAAGAUGCCACACAGUGGGACUGAACCCAGAAGCAUGUGAUUAGGAAGCUGCACCUGCACCUAUAUUUAGAAAAUAAAUUCCAUAAAAUCUUAAAAUAAAAUACUUUCUGAAAAAUUGCAAAUAAAUGUU